AUCAGUCCAGAUUCCAUUCAAUCAAUUACGUCAAUUAUGCCAGCAUAUCAUUCCACCUUUUUAGCCGAAGAACAACAAGCUAAUAAUAGAGUCAUUGGUAAUUUAGUAUUGCUUCCCUUCCAUACCAAGUUCCGAGGUCCAACUUUCCCACCUGACCAAGAAUAUGACAUAAUUGAAGAAACCCUUGACUUAUUCAGGGCUAAUUCCUUCUUCCGUAACUUUGAAAUCAAAGGAGGUGCCGAUAGAUUAUUGAUUUAUGGAAUUUUAUUUAUUUCUGAUUGUUUGAACAAGUUAAAUAAGACUACAUCUGUUAAGGAUGCACAACGGGUAUUGAUGAACUUAGCCUUGGAUGAUUUUAAAUUGCCUGGUGAUAUUGGGUUCCCAUUGAAUAACUUAUAUUUGCCUCCAAGUGGGAAGAAUGAAGCUGACUUGUUAAGAGCAUAUUUACAACAAUUUAGACAAGAAUUAAGUGAAAGGUUGUUGACCAGAGUUUACCAAGGUGAAGAAGAUGUGCCUAGUAAGCAUUGGUUAGCAUUCACCAAGAGAAGAUUUAUGAAUAAGAGUUUGUAAGAGUAUUCUAUAGAAAAUGAUAUAUCAAUGU